AUGGCAGCUGAAGGAGUCAUAUUGGAGAACCUUGAAAGAAACUUGAGCCGCGAGCAGAAUCAGUGGCUACUCCCAUCAAUGAGACUGGUGAAUUUGAAAGAGUCACUGGAGAUGAUAAAAGGUGCAGUGGCAGCACUGGAUGUGGAUGAGGAUCAUUCCAUUCGCGGCAACCUGAAGAAUCUAGUGGCUCUGCUUCAUCAAGCUGAUGACCUCCUUGAUGAAAUUCUUACUAGGACUAAUGAUAGAAGCUUUCCUAGAGAUGAAGAUCAGAAUGGAAAUCGGGUGGAAAAUCUCAGACGCGGCUUGCAGAGAGUGGUCAAUGCCAGUAACAGAGUUGCACAACAGGUCAGUCUUUUAUUCCCCUUUUCCAACAGACUUUUAAUAGUGGCUAGACGAGUUGAGAAGAUAGGCCAAGAAAUUAAAAGUCGUGGGAUGCAAAUGCUAAACAAUUUCGACUCAAAUGACCGUCUUGAAAGGCCAUUUGAGCCUCCCCAGUACACUUACAGUCUCACUAGGAGCAGAGUGAUAGGGAGGGACACUGAAAAACAGAAAAUCAUAGAGAUGCUGCUGCGACCACUUAAAAAAGAUGAAACCGGCGUCUCUGUCAUCCCUAUAGUUGGGCCACCAGGGAUAGGGAAGUCGGCUUUGGCACAGUUUGUUUAUGACGAUGAAAAGGUUAAAGGCUAUUUCGACUUAAGGAUGUGGAUUCAAGUUUCACAUAUAUCUGACGAAAAAGAAAUCAUUCAAGAAAUUGUAGAAUCUUGUACAAAUAGGACUAUUAAUAAGCAAAAUUCUAAACCUGCAAAACAUCUGCAUUCCCGUGUUCAUCGAAAUGGGUUGACAUUUCGUGAUCUUCUGGGAUGUCAAAGUAUUGAUACUUCUCAGACUCCUAGUCCUGGCUAUAGUGAAAGUAAGAAUAGAACAAACAUCCACGAGCGCCGACUUCAGAGAGAGAUUGAGGGGAAACUCUAUUUGCUCAUCCUAGAUGAUGCUUGUAUCACACAUGGACAGCGCUUGAAAGACUUAUUAGCUAAAGGUGCAAGAGGGAGUCGGAUUUUGGUGACUACACGCUCUACUGCAGUAGCAAAUUAUGCAAAAACUGGAGUUUAUGGGUCUUAUGAAUUAGGGGGCUUGUCACAAGAUUUUUCUUGGUCCUUGUUUGAAAAUUUUGCUCUAGGACAAGAAAACCAAAGGGAUACUGAACAAGGAAAUGAAAGAGAUCCUGUGAUGGAGAAGAUAGGUCGUGCAAUUGCCGAAAAUUGUGGAGGUGUUCCACUUACCAUAAAAGUUGCAGCAAGCCUUCUUUAUGGAAAAAAUAAGGAGAAAUGGUCAUCUUUCAACAGCCAAUUGACAUUCAGUGCAAAUCAAGAAGAAGACAUCAUGCAGCAUGUCUUGCAUUUCAGCUACAGUGAUCUUCCAACUCGUCUGAAAGCUUGUUUUGGCUAUUGCUCCUUGUUUCCUGAUGAUUUUACAUUCAACAAGCAAGAUUUACUUAGUCUCUGGAUAGCACAAGGGUUCAUUAACCCACAGCAUGGUCGAAGUUUAGAGAAAGCAGCAGAUAAAUACUUCCUGGAAUUAUCACGGCGCUGCUUCUUUGAGGAUGUGAUCACAGAUGAUUUGGGGAACAUAAUCACCUGUAAGAUGCAUCACAUUUUGCGCACCCUGGCAUGUAAAUAUUCAGCAGGGAUCGUGAGCUUGUGCAUAACCGAUAAUUCAGAGCUUAAUCUGGAUGCGACAUGCAAACAUGUCUCUUUCACUUGUGAUGGAGAUUCAUUGAGCAAAAUCUCAUCAACCAAGCUCGAAUCUAAAACCUUACGGACCCUUCUUUCAGUCAACGAACCAGAUUCUGACACAAGGAUAGGUCCAUUAGUAUGCAAUACGUUGAUCUCUAGUUUUACUUGCCUCAGGGUUUUAGACUUGAAUAAUCUUGGGAUAGUGGAUUUGCCAGGUUCUAUCGGCAAGCUGAUCCAUCUGAGAUACCUGGAUCUCUCCAAGAAUGAUGGUCUGGUUGCUCUCCCAAAGUCCGUCACAGACCUGCACAACUUGCAUACACUGAAACUUAACUCCUGCACAAAGUUGAGAAGGUUACCAUGCAACUUUGGGGAACUGGUAAAUCUUGGCCGUUUUGAGAUUGAUGAGUGUGAUAAUUUGACUUGCAUGCCUCUUGGUUUGGAGAAACUAACUCAGAUUGAAACACUGAGUCGAUUUAUAGUCGGUGAGGAUUUUUCCAAAGACAUGGCUGGGCUAAAAGCUCUUCAAGAUCUCAACAACCUCAGAGGUCGGCUGGCUAUUGAAUUUACAGGAGUUUCGGAAAACAUUAUAUCUGAAGCCUCACAAGCAGAGUUAAGCAGCAAAACGCAUCUAAGGGAAUUAAAGCUCAGCUGGGCAAAAACUGUCUCAAAUGUGGAGAUAGUGUCGCAUAACCUAUCCGAAGAAGAAAGAAUUCCUUACGAGCAGCUUCUUCAGAAUCUCCGUCCAAACUCAGAGCUCCAAAUACUCUGUAUAGAAGGGUACAAAGGGGGGGACUUUCCAAACUGGGCAGGGGUGAAUGGAUUGGCUACUUCUCUCCCAAAUUUAGUUGUUAUCAGCAUUGAAGGAUGUGAAAAAUGCGAGCAUCUUCCACCAUUUGAUGAACUUCCUUCCCUCAAACGACUCACCCUUAGACACAUGGCCAAUGUACGAUAUGUGGAAAGAGAAGCGUCAGUAGAUUCUCCAUUCUUCCCAUCCCUGGAAGAACUUACCCUCCACAAUUUUUACAAGCUGGAGGGUUGGCGGAAAGAAGUGACUAUUUUACCAGAUUCGAUCAUUCCCUUAACCACAUCAAGGCAGCAAGAACCAAUUCGAUCAUUCCCCCAUCUUUCCAAAUUGAUGAUAUGGAACUGCCCUAAUCUGAUAUCUAUGCCUUUGUUCAUGAAGGUUUUAGACCUUAACCUAUGCAAUGUCAAUCAGAUGCUUCUAGAAGAAUGUGCAAAGAAGGCAGUUCGACAGGUUGGGAAAAACUCCAGCAUCAGAUACCUGCAAAUUAAGGGUUGUCCGAACCUGAAGAGCUUUGAUGCGGUCAGACAAGGGUUAGGAAACCUUCCUUGCCUAAAACAUCUUGUGGUUGAGAGGUGUCAUGCACUAAGUUUGCUAGCCUCGGAGCUGAAGCAUCUAUCCUCUCUAGAGAGGUUGGAGAUUUCCAGCUGCAGAGAACUCAAUCUCUCUGACAAUGGAGCUAGUAGCACGGGCAACUUUAAUACCCAAAUAUGGAUUCCAGGCAGAAUAGUUCAUCACUUGCGUGGAAGCUUAAGAAGUCCAUGGACAUCAUUAAAAUGCCUUCGCCAUUUAACCCUUCGGGAAAUCCCAAAGAUGGAGAGACUCCCAGAGGGGCUGAAGCACGUCCAAAGUCUCAGAUCACUGUGGAUAUCAGCAUGCCCUGCCUUGAAAGAACUGCCAGAGUGGAUUGGUACUCUGACGGCACUUCAGCACCUUCGUAUUGAAAGCUGCCGGCAACUAACAAGACUACCAGAAGGGCUACAGCACGUAAUAUCUCUAAUGAAAGUGGAGAUAACCGAGUGUCCAGAACUGAUGGAGCGCUGCAAAGAACACACGGGGGAAGACUGGUACAAGAUCAAACAUGCUCAGGUUUUGCUCCACAAAUCAUGGCGCUAUGGACUCAUGUCAGAGCUAGAAGCCUCAAAAAACAGAUCUAAUGUACGGACACUCACUGAUGUGAAGUACUUCAUCGUUCCCUUGAUAGCAGCAGGUAUAUGA